AAAUAAAUCUCAAUUUUUUUAUAGCAGCUUAAGUUUCGUUAGUUUAAUUAGUUCUAAGCUCAAAGUUAAUAAGUGCAAUAAACGCAGUUCCUACAUGACCCCCACUUGGCGAAGUUUAAACAUUUCAUUCAUUUUAACGCGUAGCAUCUGAAACAAAAAUUAAAAAAAAAAAGUUUAGAAUAAAACCAAUCAUCGUUGCUCAUUCGCCAGUGGAAAUAUCAGUAUUGUUUGCAUUAGCAAAGUAGGUGGACGCAUUUGUAUAAACUCGUCAUGAAUGAAGCACCUGAGCACAGUAAAAAGCGGCAAAAGACGUGCCUUCAAGUGGCAACCAAUGUGACGGAACAGAAGCAUCAUGUUACCCGCGAAACGCGUGGUAAGAAUCUGGGUCUCUGUCGGGGCUUUCGAGGCUGCACUGUCUGGCUAACGGGUCUUAGUGGCGCUGGCAAGACAUCGAUUGCCUUUGAGCUGGAGGCUUACCUGGUCUCCCGUGGCAUUCCUGCCUAUGGCCUGGAUGGUGACAACAUACGCACGGGUCUCAACAAGAAUCUGAGCUUCACGCCCGCCGAUCGCGAGGAGAACAUUCGUCGUGUGGGCGAGGUGGCCAAGUUGUUUGCGGACAGCGGCGUUGUGGCCAUCUGCAGUUUCGUGUCGCCCUUUGCCGAUGAUCGCGAGAUGGCGCGCAAGAUACACAAGGAUGCUGGACUGAAGUUCUACGAGAUCUUUGUGGACACGCCUUUGGAUGUGUGCGAAACGCGUGAUGUUAAGGGAUUGUACAAGAAGGCGCGCGAGGGAGUCAUCAAGGGUUUCACGGGUAUCACGCAGGAGUAUGAGCGUCCCCAGCAUCCGGAGCUGGUGGUCAACACCGAUGGCUAUACGGUGCGCGAGUCGACGCAGCUCCUGGUAACGCUGUUGGAGCAGGAGGGAAUUAUACCGCGCUCGCUGCGCGAUGUGGAUCAGCUUCCCGAGCUCUAUCCGAGUGAGGCAAGCGAGGCGGACGCACUGCGUCACGAGGCCAAGUCGCUGCAAGCACUCGAGAUCAGCACUGUGGAGCUGCAAUGGGUGCAGGUGCUCGCUGAGGGUUGGGCUUAUCCCUUGCGUGGAUUUAUGCGCGAGGAUGAGUAUCUCCAAACGCUGCACUUCAAUACGUUGCAGAGCGGUCUGGAUGUCUCCUAUCGCGAGAACCACUCGGUACCCAUUGUGCUGAGCGCCAGUGCCGAGGACAAGCAGCGACUCGAGGAUGCUUCUGCUUUGACACUCAAUUACGAAGGUCAAGCGGUGGCCAUUCUGCGUCGCCCCGAGUUCUACUAUCAGCGCAAGGAGGAGCGUCUCGCUCGUCAGUUUGGAACCAGCAAUCCGCAGCAUCCGUACAGCAAACAGGUGCUGGAGUCGGGCGAGUAUCUGGUGGGUGGUGAACUGGCCGUGAUUGAGCGCAUUCGCUGGCGCGAUGGUCUCGAUCAGUACCGCCUGACGCCCAACGAGCUGCGCAGUCGCUUCAAGGAGUUGAAUGCGGAUGCCAUCUUUGCCUUCCAGCUGCGCAAUCCCAUUCACAAUGGCCACGCGCUGCUCAUGCAGGAUACGAAGCGUCAGCUGCUGGAACGUGGCUUCAAGCAGCCGGUGCUGCUGUUGCAUCCGCUUGGCGGCUGGACCAAGGAUGACGAUGUGCCGCUGCAGGUGCGCAUGGCUCAGCAUCAGGCGGUGCUAGAUGCUGGUGUGCUGCGACGUGAAGAUACGGUGUUGGCCAUCUUCCCAUCGCCCAUGAUGUACGCUGGUCCCACAGAGGUGCAGUGGCAUGCCAAGGCACGCAUGAAUGCGGGCGCCAACUUUUAUAUUGUGGGUCGCGAUCCCGCUGGCAUGCCGCAUCCCGAUAAGCAGGCCUAUCCCGAUGGCAACCUCUACGAUGCCACGCACGGUGCUCGAGUGCUCAAGAUGGCCCAAGGACUAGACAGCAUGGAGAUUUUGCCUUUCCGCGUGGCCGCCUACGACAAGACUGCCAGUCGCAUGGCCUUCUUUGAGCCGCAGCGCAAGGAUGACUUUGACUUCAUUUCGGGCACCAAGAUGCGCACGCUGGCCAAGACCGGAGCCAGUCCGCCCGAUGGCUUCAUGGAGCCACAGGCGUGGAAAAUACUCGCCACCUACUAUCAGAAUCUGCCGCAGGCGUAACAGACAGCAGCGCGCAAAGCGGCAAAGAGAAAUUGUGCAAUCCGUCGGACGUGAUCAAGGGUAGCAAAACAGCACAACGCUUAGCUAUAACAACUAUGUACUACUGCAUCGAAUCCCUCGACACAGAUCUAUCUAUCUAUCCAAUAUACAUAUGUAUAUGUAUCCAAUCCCCAUGUUCAGCGUGUGUGUAUAGUUGCGAGUGUGUGUGCUUGUGUAUUGUUUAUUAUGUUUAGUAUGUUGUGCUCUCAAUUCCAAUUCAUUGUUCAACCACAGUGUAACUUGUCCAACUGCUCCAGAAAUGCAGCUAGCAUCGACUGAGGUGCACCUAUGCUAAGCAGAUUAUACUGUAUGACAAUUAUUAAUUGUAUCUACAUUUUAGCUUAACCAAUUCUCUGUUUAUCCUAAGACCAACAAUUUGUCGUUUUAUGCAAUGCAAUUUUUCUACUUAAGCAUUUACUUAAUUACUAUCUCAAUUAUAUUUUCACUAAGAUAAAACAGCUGUGGACUUUUAUUUUCAAUUAGGAACGAAAACUAAAUUUCAUUUCAUUAAAAUGCUUUUUAAAUUUCAAAAUUGUUCAGCUAAAGUGCUUCGGCAAUUACUGAAUCGAUUAAUUUCGUAUUCUAAAAAUAACAUAUUUGAACUGAUGUUGAUUGGCAAGCAUAAAAACUGAUUUAUUUCCUAACAUAAAACAUUUCAUAUAAAUCAAAAAUCAAUAGCAUGGCUAUAAAAAGUCUCGACGAACAUUUUCUAGACACUAUGCAAAUGAAUGGCAAAAGUAAGUUCAUAAUCUUAAGUGUUAUUAAUAGUCAUGACAUCAAAACUAAAAAUAUUAUCUAUCGAAACUUCGUAAAUAAUAAAGAACGCUUUCUUGCACAUGAUUUAUUAUAUAAAAUUGUAUACGUUUAAUAAUUAAUAUUACAAGUACAUACAUAUAUAAUUAAUUAAUUAAUUAAUAUCAAAUAUGCCUUUAGAUUUAGUUAUCAAUUAAUUUCACAAUAUGUAUUUUACUGCUCUGCAUUUGUUGAUGCUGUUGUUGUUGUUGUUGUUGCUGCUGAUUCUUCUGCUGUUGAUGAUGUUGUUGUUGUUAUUCGUAUUCGUAUUGCAUAAUGCGCAUUUCGUUAUUCACUUUCCUCUAAUCACGCAAUUAGUAUUAAUUAUCAUACGCAUGUAUUACAUUAGAUUAUAACGCUUCGUUUAUUGACAAUGCCCUGUAUGUGAGUUUGGAUUGUGGAUUAUAUGUACUAUGUAU